AUGUAGGAUCCGAACGCAGACACCGAGUGGAAUGACAUCCUCAGAAAGAAGGGCAUCCUUCCUCCCAAAGAAGCGCCGGCGGAGGAGGAAGAGGAGGAGCAGCUUCAUCAGACGCAGUCCGUCGUGAAGACGUACGAGAGCAUGACUCUGGACGAGCUGGAGGAGAACGAAGACGAGUUUAGUGAAGAAGAUGAGCUGGCCAUAGAGAUGUACAGACAGAAGAGGCUGGCGGAGUGGAAAGCCCAUCAGAUGAAGAGCGUGUUCGGGGAGGUGGACGAGAUCUCGGGGCAGGAUUAUGUGAAGGAGGUCAAUAAAGCCGGAGCAGGAAUCUGGGUGGUGCUGCAUCUCUACAAACAGGGGAUCCCGCUGUGUUCGCUGAUAAACCAGCAUCUGUCUCAGCUGGCCCGGAAGUUUCCUCAAACCAAGUUCCUGAAGUCCAUCUCCAACACCUGCAUUCCCAACUACCCCGACCGCAACCUGCCCACGCUCUUCGUCUCACGAGGCGAGAUGAAGGGGCAGUUCAUCGGGCCGCUGGUGUUCGGAGGCAUGAACCUCAGCUGUGACGAGCUGGAGUGGCGUUUGUCUGAAUCCGGAGCGGUUAAGACGGAUCUGGAGGAGAACCCCCGGAAACAGAUCCAGGAUCAGCUGCUGACGUCCAUCCGCUGCUCCGCGCCGCGCACGAGAGAUGAUGAUGAUGAUGAUGAUGAAGACGAGGACUGACGUUUAUAUCACGUCACAGCUGGACAGACCGCGGAGACGAACUACCCCAAAACAUUUUAAACCAGCCAUCGCUUCAGGAACUAUUGACCAGAAAUGCCACGUUUUAUAUAAGAUUUAUAACAACACAACCUUUGUCAGUUCAACACUUGCCACCAUUUAUUAUAUAAAAACUAGUGCGGUCAAACCAUUAAUCACAUCCAAAAUAAGUUUUUGUUUAUAUAAUAUAUAUGUGUGUGCUGUGUAUAUUUAAGUAUAUAUAAAUACACACACAUGCAUGCAUAUAUUUAAGAAAAACGUUUCAUUUCUAUAUGAAGUGUUUAUAUAUCAAAUAAAAUAUAAGAAUAUGACUAUAAAAAUGCAUAAAUGUAAAUAUUUUCAAGAUAUAUACUGUAUGUGUGUAUAUACACAGUACAUAUAUCAUGUAAAUAAACUUUUAUUUGGGAUGCAGUGAAUGGUUUGACAGCACUAAUAAAAGCUAUUGUGUGCUUGAUGAAGCUCAGUUUAAUGUUUUUUAAGACCAAGAGAGAAAAUGUAAGGAAUAAAUUGAAAUGAAAGCCAUACGUCGAUAUGGUCUAUAAAUGUGAAUGUCUUGUAUUAGAAACGCUUAAAAGUCUGAAAAUACAACCUCCUGCAGAUCUUUUUCAUUCAACAGAACAUUAAAUAAAAAAACAGCUGGGGUUUGAA